CAACUGAAAUGGCGAUUCUUCUUCCAUUUCCUCGUUUGAAUUUGCUAACACUUUUCAAGGUUAGUUUGGAAUUUAUCACCUAAUUUGUUUCGUUUUUUGAUGAUAAUGUUUGUUUUCACAGAAUUGGCAGUAAAAAAACAGGGGCACCAAAGGUCAAUUUUUCGGAAAAUAUCUGUUCGGAAGACGAAAUUUCUUGCUUGCCUGCCUCUCCUAGGAUUUUCGAACAUCUAAAAAAUGGUAUAAUUGCCCAUUUUUAACGGGUUUUUACCCUAAAAAGGUCACCUAGAAUUUUCGGGAGCCUUUUUUCUGGCUGAAAUUUUCGAAAAGGUUAGUUUUGAUCCCUACAAUUUUCGGAUCACUAGACUUUCAGGUAGGAAAUCCCAACAGAUGCCUGAAACAAUUUUAGGGGAUAAAAAUAUAUAUCUACCGUUUAAAUACUAAAAUACGUUUAACAAUGCGAUAUAUGUUUAAGGUCUUUAAGUGGUUUUGAACUAUAUUCUCUUUAGGUGCCCCUGAAAUAAUUAGUGAUAGAGGGAAACUGAUUUCUCAAAACAAGCCUUUCACUCUUUUGUCUCUCACCAUCGUCCGCGGGCAUGCAGUGGUUAGUUAAGGUGGAUCUAUUUGUGUGGCUCUUCCCGUUUAUCCAUAUCCCUAAAGAUACAAAACUGCUGUCGAGUGUUUCUUUUUUAGAGACACUGCGGUAUUAUUACAAAAUCAUGUGUUGACAAACAAUUGGAGGGAAGUAAUCCAUCUCCCUCUGAAAAAUUUACAUCACUGCACAAUACGUCAAUUAGCGCACCGAGGAUUAAUCAGUCCACUUGUGUGUUACUGACGUUCGAAAAAAUUACGUUUUAAGACCGUGAAAACAGUAGAUAACAAGGUGUAAUUUAUUUUCCAGUGAUUUGUGUACAACAAUAAUAAAUUCGUAUGAACGAAACACGGCGUAACCGCAGGUUGAUCUCAUUCUUUUAACGCCACGUAAUACAGUGUUCUAGGUCUGGUUCAUGACCCGAUAAAAACAGGUGAAAUGUUUGUCAUAUCUGUGUGAUGACAAGACCAAUUACUAUUUCCCAGUGCUAAGAAGCUGGCUUUUUCCAGUAGUGCUGGUCUACCCGGUCUAUCCGCAACGGAAAUGUCGAUUUUGGCCAAAACCCUCUCAGUUACAGACUAGAAUCAGGGCACCCAACGACCGAAUGUUUCCAAAUAAAAUUGUCGAGAAAUAGGUCACUGUAAUAAUAAUCUCAGAUAGUUUUCUCUAUGAUUUAGAGACCUGUUCGGAUAAUUUAGAGCUGCCUUACCAUUAUCUAUUGGGAUGUCUUAGGGGAAACUUCAUCGCCUUGAAAGUUAGGAAGCUUAACAGUUUUUGAUCGGGGACGAACAAGUUACCUACCCUGAUGGGUCUGGUCGAAAGUUCGAAGACAUGAAGUAGGCGAACUUAAAUUAAAAGAAUAUAGCUUUUACAUUUCACUUCUCAUGCAGGUUAAGCAAAGGAAACCAAGAGCCACAAUAGGACCACUAUGGCUCUCGAGGAAAACCUAAAAUUUCCAGAUUCAAAAAUGUAUGGAGAGAGGAAUCAGAAUAGUUGUCACGUCAGAAAACUUUAAAUUGCAUCUAAUAUUUUCGGUAAAACAAUACUGAAGCUCUUGUAAUUUCUGAAAGGUUCAAGUUGCUCUAAGAUGACCGAACAGAUACAAAUCUUUUAGCACCGCUUAGAAUACAUUUUCAGAAAUCUAAAAGUAACCUGGAAUGUAUUUAGGACGAAAGCGUCAUAGGGUGCCCCUGAUUAGCCUAAUAGAGAUUUGAAAAACCUGUCCAAACUACUAAUUUCGCUGCUGAUCUUAUGAAAACAGGGGCGUAGCGUCCCUAGUGCAAAUACGCAUGUGCUUACUUGAGAAAUUUGUAGCAUUUUUCUGAAAGGUUUUCUCUUUUAAGGGCCUGUUUACAUGGAGGUGGGGACCUCAGGUAGGGGAGGUAACCCGCUUUGGUGGGUAACCCGCCUGUCCACAUAAUCUCUCAUUUUAAUUUGAUCACGUUUACAUGAUAGGUGGGAUAACCCGCCACAUGUUACCUCACCUAUCUGGGGUCCCCAUGCACCUCCAUGUAAACAGGCCCUAAGUAAAAGCCAUUUUUUGUAGUGUCGUGACUUGACUUUGUAUUGAGCAGAUUUGUUCCUGUUUAUCUCGCUGUUAUUCCGCAUCGUUUUCACUCGUAAAAUACAACAGUUUGAGUAGUGGAAUGUGAUAAAUCGAAACAUUCUUGAAAUGUUUGCGUUCAGGCGAUCCCACAAUACAUUGCAUAUUUAUGAAAAUCGGAAAAGAAAAGACCGUGACUGAUUAUCAUUCCUUUUAAGAUUUAUCUGGAAAGUUUUCCCAUUCAAAAACUUUUCAUUUGUUAGUUUUCUCUCUCUCUUUCCAUAUUGGGGAUUCGAAAAGACUACUUUAAUGUCGCUCAACUGGAAAAUCAUAGACCAAACCAUGCCGACGAUAUUCCACGUAAGCCGAAGCAAACUAUUAGGUACACCGGUGGCGCGGUAUCAACAAGAAUUUUGCAGAAAAUUUACUCCUUGCGAACAGAUGUAUUUUUUCGAUGACAAACUUUAGACAUAUUCAGAACAACUGACAAUAUUAAUAAAUGUUGACUGUCAAUUGUUUGUUCCUUUUCAGUGCUCUGAUGAUGAUAGAAAUAAGAGAAAAACUCAAAAAAACUCAACAAAGGACUUAACGGAUGCGUAAAAUUUACACCAACAUGCACAAGCCGCAAUUCUUCCAAACGAUGCUUUUAGAAUCCAAAUUUCUGCGCAAAGAAAGGCGCCUCGCCUUGUGCUGGUAAACAUUCUUGUACCAGCUCAAAGAAGAACGUUUUAAAAGAGCGACUGUCUGUAAAUAUCGACCAAAAUCGUCUUUUUGUGGCACAAGUUAAAAAUUCGAAUUUCGCUCAUUUUUGGCUCAUCGAUAACCCUUAAUGAGUAAUGACACGUGCUGUAGUUAGUUUUCCCAAAUAACGUAUUCUUUUGUUAAAAUUCGAGAAAACUCAUUUUGCCCGUUCGGAGCUCAAAAUCCACUUCCGGUAAAACGAAAUUUUACACAAAUUUCAUUGACUCGUACGUCAAACUACAAAGAUUUGGCAGCCUUUGAAGAACACGAAUAGUUUUUAUGACCCUUUCUUUCUCAUAAGACGAUAUGUUUGUGGCCAAAAAGGUAUUGUUAAAAAUUGGCCCUAUUGACAAUUUCACCGGUUCAAAAUUAUAGGGUUAAAAUGAUGUAAAUUUUUAGAACGCGCUAUAACUUAGAAUUUCGCAAAUUGACUUUCUACGGUUUAACUAGGCCCCAAUAUAUCAGAAAAUCGAAACAAAUCUCUGGGCAAACGAUUUUAAGUAGCCCGCAAGACGCCCAGUUCAACCCUAAUUUUCCGAAAAAUCGCGACAUUCCAGUGGUUAAAAAUAGCGUGACACGGCCCGUCACGCCAGCGGUGUUAACGACAGAUUCACUUUCAACAUUCUAUUCAACACUGAUCACACGCCAAAUUCCAGCGUACAAUCUAUAUUACAUCUUUCAAUACAUCUAUCUUAUUUAGAAGAGUCAUUUUGUUUGGAUACAAUAUAUAGUGUAGAAUUGCCCAAAAGUUGGCUUUUUUGAGCGACGUCGGCAAGGCGUCGACGACCGAGCCCAACGAAAACAAACUUUGAACAAGUACAGUGGUGUGUUUCAUUAAUUUAAGCAUCCGUCAAAAGGCAUAAAUACGUUAAAUUUAAGACAGGGAUAACCAAUAUUAACUAAUUCGAGCAAUGUUUUUUUCUUGCGAGUUUUCUCUUUCAAGUAAUUAUGUAUAAGUAUAAAUGUACGUUUGGAUGUAUUACAAUCACGCUUAUAAAGGGAACAUUGUAACGAACGUUUCAGAAAACUUUUUAACUCGUUUCGAUCGACGAUGAAACGCCAUCAUCAAAAACAAAUCACCAAAAACUUUCCUCUACAGCAAAACGGAAAAUAGAGAAAAAAAGUGGCGUUUUGCUAAUGCUAAAGCAGGAAUAGUUGCAGCGUGAUCAUGAGCUUUUAAAAAUGGCAAAUGCUCCUAAAUGGACAUCUAUAGAUCCCUUGCAUCGCCAUUGGAAAAAAACUCUCUGGCCCACUAUGAACUAGCCUAUUCCAGGCGUAGUGGACAGUGGAUGGUGGAUAGAGGGCAGUGGCGCGAAAUGGGGAACGGAGGAAAACAAACGUGGAAAAGAGUAAGAGGGAGAGAGUAGGAGGACCUUUCGCCCUCAAUCCCUAACCCCGCCCCUUCGCCAUUUUUUCUAGCCCACUUUUCUUUGCGUUUUCCCAACUAUCUGAAGGCCUGUUCCAGGUUACCUACGUCCUUCAUUUACAAAUUUUUAUGGUAUAUAACGUAUUUAUUCGAUGAACUGCCCUGGGCGCUUAUUAAAGUUUUCGACCUUGAGAGUGGGCGCUUAUUCGAGGUGGGUGCUUAUUCGAGGCUGGGCGCUUAUUAAAUUUCGCCAUUCUCGGCAAGUGUAGUAUGUUUAUUUUGCAACAAAACAAUAAAUGGUAGUAACAAAAAGCGGACAUGUAACAAAGCAAGGUUUCUGUAAUAUGCUCUGAAGAAAACUCCGUCUUCGGGAGGGUCUCUUAUUAUCUCUUAUUUAAGUUUGUGUAGGAGGGAGUGGGGUGGUGGUGGGCGCUUAUUCGAGGCUGGGCGCUUAUUAACUGUUCUGCCUUUAGGAGGGGCGCUUAUUCGAGGCGGGCGCUAAUUUGAGGUUGGGCGCUUAUUCGAAUAAGUACGGUAUUCAACUUGAGCGUCGAGCACUUUUGGUGCUUUGUUAUUGAUCAGCAGGAAAGGAUUUGGUAGUACUAACUUUUCAACUGCUUUUAGACUGCGAAUUUUUUUUCUUUCUUUUUUGUUUUCUUUCUUUUAUUUUGUCUUUGUGAGUUUCUACGGUAUUUUUUAAACGUAUUUUUCGAUCCUCUCCCCAGUCUCACUCACUCUGCUCCCCCUCCCCUUUUUCCGAAAAAAAAAAACAACAACAACAAUAAAAAGAGGGACACAAAAUAGAGUAUAAUACUAAAGCUAAGAAGAAUCUUGUAACGAACGAAUGGGAACACCUAAAAAGGAAACUUUCCUCAUCCUCCGUAGCCUUAGUCCAUGAAACGUAGACGCCCAAGCGGGCCUCCAAAACCUUACCUUUGUCUUUGUCACAAACCGAAUAAGACUGAAAGCCUUAGUCUGCUUUACGUAAGUACCGUGUAGAUCUCCAGAAGAAUUGUUUGCAGCCGGCCCUCAAAACCUCAAAAGACUUCGCCUGCUGCUGGUCAAUAUAUAGGAAGACUACUCCAAAGAACUGCUCCAGAAAAACUACUUUUCUUAACAUUUUUCUGGGGUAGAGGAAUAGCGAGUUUUCUGUGUCUCUUAAUAAGUAAUUAGAGUUAUUGCAACGUUCUGCCCUUAGUACGAUCUACUAUGGUACUUAAGAUAGAUGACGCAUAUUCUGGGAUACACUCGCCUCUCACAGCUCUUUGACGAAAUGUUCCUAGCGGCAGAUAGCGAUGAGAGGAAGCUGUAUCGCAGGCUUUUGGACACACGGAUUUUCUGCUAUUUACAUGGGUAAACCGGUCGCUCCACGGUUUGGGCAAAUGGUGAGGAGAAUUCAGGACUGAUUAAUUUUGAUUCCGUUCGGUAAUCGCGUUUACCAUUUGCCUAAGUCAGUUUCGUUUAAUGAAAAACGGCCGCGAAAGCCUGAAACUGAUAUUCAAAAAAGGUUUGAAGACAUGAAAUCCGAACUUCUGCCUGAAAGUUUCCAACCAGGAAGACCAGGAAAAUAGGCGAAUGCCUUGUCAGACGUUCCGUUUGUUUCAGGAAUUUUCCACUGAAACGUCGAACCCGAAACUGAGUUAAUGGUAAGCCUGGCAAAGCACCAAAGUGUCCUCUUAGUUUGUUUUAAUGGGUCAUGUAUAUAGUCAUGCAGUAGCUUCAUGAUUCAUACACGUUGUCAUACAAGUAUAUAGGCUCCUCUUUGGCCUCCACCUAGCUUUUUUAUCAGUUUUGAGAACCCGCAAGGGUAAAAACUUGGAAAAGAACUAUUUCACCAAUACUUAGUCUAAAAUAUAUUUAUUCUUUAAAAUUGCUUCAAGGAAAUUAGUUUUUAUAAACCAAAUGGCAUUGAUUGGGGAUGAUUUAAUUCGUAAAUAUCUCUCAAUGCAAAAAUUCAUUCAGUAAUCAGUUUUAGUAUUUAGAUUUUGUUCUGUUUAUAUACCAUUUUUUGAGGGGAAUCGCCAGUCUGAAACUGAACAUGAAAGUUUGUGACGCUAUCCCAGGAACCCUAUAUGUUGUAUCUGAAGAAAAUGCUGCAAUCAAUGAGAAUCAUAGGUUUACUGAACGAUUUAAUUUCAAAUUGGCUUUUAAUCUGCCUUUAAAUAAAUUGUUUAAAGCAUAUCUAUAGGCAACACUGGCGUGACGGGCCGUGUCACGCUAUUUUUAACCUCUGCAAUGUCGCGUUUUUUUGCAAAAGCAGGGUUGAACUCAACGUCUUGCGGGCUACUUAAAAUCGUUUGCCCAGAGAUUUGUUUCGAUUUUCUGAUAUAUUGGGGCCUAGUUAAGCAGUAGAAAGUCAAUUUUCGGAAUUUUAAGUUAUAGCGCGUUCUAAAAAUUUGCAUUUUUUAAUCCCUAUAAUUUUGAACGGUAGAAAUGGUCAAUAGGGCCUAUUUUUAACAAACCUUUUUGGCCACAAAAUUAUGACAGCUUUGACAAAUUUAUCGACUUUUUUUUGGCCACAAACAUAUCGUCUUAUAAGAAAGAAAGGGUCAUAAAAACUAUUCGUGUUUUUCAAAGGCUGCCAAAUCGUUGUGGUUUGACGUACGAGUCAAUGGAAUUUGUGUAAAAUUUCGCUUUACCGGAAGUGGAUUUUGAGCUCCAAACGAGCAAAAUGCGUUUUCUCGAAUUUUAACAAAAGAACACGUUAUUUCGGAAAACAAACUACAGCAUGUUUCAUUACUCAUUAAGGGUUAUCGAUGAGCCAAAUAUGAGGGAAAUCAAAUUUUGAACUUGUGCCGACCGUGGGUCGAUAUUUACGGAAAGCCGCUCUUAAAAGCUUUUUUUGAUCGCACGUUUUAUUAAAAACAAGCCUGUAAACUGUCAAUUAUAUAUUAAAGGAAAGCAGAAACGUUAUUAAGUGUGGAGGUUUUAAAACCAUACUCUGAUUUACUGAGCCAUUUUGUGUUGAUGUAGGUGACAGUGUCCAUUGUCCUGUUGAUGCCAUUGGUAUCUGCCGCAGUUGUUGGGCCAUCAGCUGCUGGAGUCGGCGCAGAUUUUGCCAGCGCCAAGAAGCUCAUUGACAGCCUGAAACCGAAUCUAAACUACGCCCAAAUCUGCGAGGGGAAGCUAAUGGCGGGGCAGAUGAAAAGCGUCUGUCAUCUGAAACAAGUGCCAAGCGUGGCCUUCUUGUUCUGCCACUUCCAAGACCUCUGUGAAUUUAACGUUCAAAUGGAGAUUGAUAACAUCCAGAAGCUUAUUGCUGGGGGCGUUAGAACGGUGGCGAUCGAUAACCAAUUGAUCAAGGGCGUCAAGUGUGGAAAGACGGUCGACCUUACCUGUACUGGUUUCUUGGAGGGAUGGGUUGGCGGAGGUUGGUUGGUGCGUCUGGACACUCUAUUCUUCAACGGUCCCGUUGCUGUCAACAACUUUAUCCAAAAUACCAUCCGGAAAAAGAUCCUAACUUCCCAAGGUCUGAAGGCGACGGCCAACGAUUUGAUGAAAAUCAAAGUUUACAUGCUUGCAGGGAAACAUAACUUGAUUUGUGAUCUACAGGGCUUUUUCUUGACAGCUGGAGGUUUCCUGGUCAGCGAUCCUGGUGACAUUAAGACGCAAAUGGGCCUGGAACAGAGCUGUCCCGCCCAUAGUCCUGGAACCAGCUUGCCAACCACAAAACAAGUUCUCGAUGGAUUGGAUCUGCUCAUUCAAGAUUUGUCGAAGGGAUGAGAGAAAAAAAUGCAGACGACAAUCUUAAUUUUAAUCUGAAUUUAACUUCAAUUUACCUGGCCUAUUCUCCUGGAGCCUUUCUUUAAUUUGUGCAAGGAAUAAAAUGAAAAAUCAAGUGGAU